CAUGGGCACCCUCCGGAAAACUGUCAUUCAACCAUAGUUAUGACCUCCCGGUUACGCGCGCUGGGUGGAAGAAUUAAUAACAUACGUACCUCUGAAUUACCCAAAGAAAAAGCUCGAUCUGAAGUCGUCUGCAGCAUAUGCUUUUUAGAUGGCUUGGUACAGACCUUUAAAGUUAAUAAACAAGACACUGGCCAGUCGCUUCUGGAUAUGGCAUAUGCCCACCUGGGUGUGACCGAAAAGGAGUAUUUUGGCUUGCAACAUGGUGAAGACUCAGCAGACUCCCCUAGAUGGCUUGAAUCAAGCAAACCUAUCAGGAAGCAGUUGAAAGGAGGUUUCCCCUGUUCCCUGCAUUUUCGAGUAAGAUUUUUUAUACCUGAUCCCAACACACUGCAACAAGAACAAACCAGGCACUUGUAUUUCUUACAACUGAAGAUGGAUAUUUGUGAAGGAAGGUUAACGUGCCCUCUGAAUUCAGCUGUGGUUCUGGCUUCCUAUGCAGUACAAUCUCAUUUUGGAGACUUUAAUUCUUCCAUACAUCAUCCAGGCUAUCUUGCAGACAGCCAGUUCAUACCAGAUCAAAACGAUGAUUUCUUGACCAAGGUGGAAUCUCUCCACGAGCAACACAGUGGGCUAAAGCAAUCAGAAGCCGAAUCGUGCUACAUCAACAUAGCUCGGACCCUUGACUUCUAUGGAGUGGAGCUGCACGGUGGUAGAGAUCUGCACAAUUUAGAGCUAAUGAUUGGAAUUGCUUCUGCGGGCAUUGCUGUGUACCGAAAAUACAUUUGCACAAGUUUCUAUCCUUGGGUGAACAUCCUCAAGAUUUCUUUCAAAAGGAAAAAAUUCUUUAUACAUCAGCGACAAAAACAGCCUGAAUCCAGGGAACAUAUCGUGGCCUUCAACAUGCUAAAUUACCGAUCUUGCAAAAAUUUGUGGAAAUCUUGUGUUGAGCACCAUACCUUCUUUCAGGCAAAGAAGUUACUACCUCAAGAAAAGAAUGUUCUGUCUCAGUACUGGACUCUGGGCUCCAGGAACCCCAAAAAGUCUGUAAAUAACCAAUACUGCAAGAAGUUGAUUGGAGGGAUGGUGUGGAACCCGGCCAUGCGGAGGUCCUUGUCAGUGGAGCACCUAGAAACCAAGAGCCUGCCUUCCCGGUCCCCUCCAGUCACCCCCAACUGGCGAAGUCCUCGGCUCCGGCAUGAGAUCCGAAAACCCCGCCACUCCUCUGCGGAUAACCUCGCAAACGAGAUGACAUACAUUACAGAGACUGAAGAUGUGUUUUAUACCUACAAAGGCUCCCUGUCCCCCAAAGACAGUGAUUCCGAAGUUUCUCAGAACCACAGCCCACACCGAGAGAGUUUAUCUGAGAACAACCCAGCACAAAGAUGCCUGACCCAGAAGUCAUCCAGUUCUGUGUCUCCAUCUUCAAAUGCUCCAGGCUCCUGCUCACUAGAUGGAGUCGACCAGCAGUUCUUAGAGGACUACCACAGGGUGACCAAAGGGGGCUCCACUGAGGACACCAGCCAGUACUACUGUGACAAGAAUGAUAAUGGUGACAGCUACUUAGUCUUGAUCCGGAUCACACCGGAUGAAGAUGGAAAAUUUGGAUUUAAUCUUAAGGGAGGAGUGGAUCAAAAGAUGCCUCUUGUAGUCUCAAGGAUAAACCCAGAGUCACCUGCUGACACCUGCAUUCCUAAGCUGAAUGAAGGGGAUCAGAUCGUGCUGAUCAAUGGCCGGGACAUCUCAGAACACACCCAUGACCAGGUGGUGAUGUUCAUCAAAGCUAGCCGGGAAUCCCACUCAAGGGAGCUGGCCCUGGUGAUCAGGAGGAAAGCUGUCCACUCAUUUGCUGAGAUCAGAUCUGAAGAUGAACUGAACCAGCUUUUCCCAGAGGCCAUUUUCCCCAUGUGUCCAGACGGUGUGGACACUUUGGAGGGAUCCAUGGAACUGCUAAAGAAGGGCCUUGAAAGUGGGACAGUGCUGAUCCAGUUUGAGCAACUCUACAGAAAAAAGCCAGGUUUGCCCAUCUCCUUUGCAAAGCUGCCACAAAAUUUGGACAAAAACCGGUAUAAAGAUGUGCUGCCUUAUGACAUCACCCGGGUAUUACUGCAGGGACACGAAGAUUAUAUUAAUGCAAGUUAUGUGAACAUGGAAAUUCCUGCUGCUAACCUUGUGAACAAGUAUAUUGCCACUCAGGGACCCCUGCCACACACCUGUGCACAAUUUUGGCAAGUCGUCUGGGAUCAGAAGUUGUCAUUGAUUGUCAUGUUGACAACUCUCACAGAGCGAGGGCGGACCAAAUGUCACCAGUACUGGCCCGAUCCGCCUGAGGUUAUGGACCACGGCAUCUUUCACAUCCGGUGUCAGUCAGAGGACUGCACCAUCGCCUAUGUGUCCCGAGAAAUGCUGGUCACAAACACUGAGACUGGGGAAGAACAUACAGUGACACAUCUGCAGUACGUGGCGUGGCCUGACCAUGGCGUGCCUGAUGACUCCUCGGACUUCCUAGAAUUUGUGAACUAUGUGAGAUCCCUGCGGGUGGAUGGGGAGCCAGUCUUAGUUCACUGCAGUGCUGGAAUAGGUCGAACUGGUGUGUUGGUCACUAUGGAAACAGCCAUGUGUUUAAUUGAGAGAAAGCUGCCAGUUUGUCCAUUGGAUAUCAUCCGGAAAAUGCGAGACCAGCGCGCCAUGAUGGUACAGACAUCAAGCCAGUACAAGUUUGUGUGUGAAGCAAUUCUUCGUGUGUAUGAAGAAGGCUUAGUCCAGAUGCUGGAUCCCAGUUAGGACAACUGUGAAGCAUUCAUUCCUUGUCCCCACGGGCACCCUUCUGAAGAGAGGGGGACAUGCCUUCCUUUGGAGGCCGCAGGAGGAACCAGGAGCUGUGGGAAGGGAAUGAGCAUAUUUGAACCCAGGCACUUUAAGUUUCUAUAGAAAAAGUAUCAUGUACAUAGGGACUGGUGUAGAUACGCAUGCAACUAUGGCUUCCUUUAAGCCCAGAGAAAGCAGCACAAGGGGAUCUUAUGUGGGACCUGUCCCACUGCCUUCCUCCCUACACGUCAUGGUCUCGUCGGCUGCCCUUGGGCACCUGGGAGGGACUCCUCCAGUGCUUCGUACCUCCCAGUAGCCAGGUGGUGUGGCUGUGUAAGUUGCUCAGGUAUUGUAUUGUGUGUGGGAUGCUGAGAGCUGAGCGUCCCGUGCUCUCAAGCAGAGCAGAGCAGCUCAGUCACCCACCACCACUAUACCAACACAGGGCACCAGGAAUCCGGCUGAAGGAUGAGCAGUGCCUCCGCUGCCCACCCCUUCUCCCAUGUCACUUCCCUGCCCCUGUUCCUGACACUGCAUCUAGAGCAGCCCACUCCCCAGCACUGCCUCUCCAUUCACACCCUGCCGACCCCGAAAACAAUGUUGGCCCAGGCAACCUCCAGCCGGGACUGUCCACAUGAUCCCCCAUCUUAGCUUCAGAAGCAGGUGUGUCCUUGCCUCCGCUUGCCUCUUACUGUACACUCAGACUCCAGGACCAGAUCCCUGACUACUGAAUCUACUACAUGGAUUGCUGCUACUUCACUUCAUGCUGUCACACUCAAAGUGGGAGGAUUUUCCUGAGUGGGAAGGGAUGAUAGCAUUCAGAAUCUUUGGCCCUUCUGAAAAAAGGCCUGCUAGUAAGUGACCAUGGGAAACCCUGCUUUUCAAGGGUUCCCUGUGUGUGUGCGUAUGUGUGUGUGUGCCCCCUCCAUGGGUGAGUGUUUCUCAGGAUUCCUAACUUGAUUCAAAUUACUGUUGAGUUUAUAUAAAGAAAGAGUCUCUGUACAGAAGAACAAAUGUGUGUAUUCACCCUCAGUUACAAUGGUCUCCAUUUCAUUUCAGAGGAGAGGAUCAAACUGUCUGAAUAGAAACACAAUUCGAAGUUAAUUUAUUCUAAGUACCCAGGAUUGCGAUUGUCCUAAAGAAUUCUGCCUUUGUGAAUACUGUGUUAAAUUUUUUAAAAAUUUGUGACAGGAUUGUAGCAAAGUAUUAUUUAAGGAAAAUAAAUUACAUAAACAUUUUAAUGUGGUAUUUUUAAAUAGCAGUUUUUGUGUAUCCAGAAAAGGAAUCUAAGCCAGUUUGUUAUUUAUAGAAUGCUUUCAUAUUAUAGCCCACAUAGAUGAAGCCAUUUUAAUAUUAGGAAACUCUGGACCAACUGAAUCAUUUCCUGGUUACAAGAGGGAUAUGGACUUCCAGACAGGGCUAGGUUUCUAAAGGUUCUUUAUCUACGGACCCAGCAUACUUACUUGCGCACUUCCUAUCUUUUCCCUGUGUAUAUUUUACUGCUAAAUGGCCUAGGUAGAAGGAGGCAGUGCCCAGUGUGGAACCCUAUGCUGUGUGGCAAGAAAAUAAUGGAAAAGUCUAGAGCUGGGGCCUGGGAGAUUGGGUUCCUGCUCCUACUCAGCACUAACUAGCUCUCAUUGAAGGCACCUAGGAGCUAUGCCUCCACUGCCUCAAUUUCCCCUAUCUAUAAAAUAAGACAAACAAUACCUAGUGUUCAGGAUGAACAUGAAGACUGAGUAAGAUCAUGCUAUGAAUGUGGAUUUUCAUCAGCUGGAGUGUACUGACACUGCUAUUGGAUGAGUUAUUUGGAAAAGCUAAAUUCUCAGUGAUUAGCCCCAAAACACAUCAAACCAAAGUGGAAUCUGGUAGGGUUUUAUGAGAGAAAAAUGUUCUUCUAGAGGGGCAGAGCAGAAGUGCGAAGACUGUCAUAUCAGCACCUUUGUUCAGUCUGGACCCAGGGAAAAAAUGCUCUCAGCACAGCACCAAAAAGGAGGAAGAGGAGAAAGUAUUUAAAUUCAAAUGCCAUCAGGAUAUUUAGCAAAUUUAGCCACUGAAUAAAAAUGUACACCACCCCAUGUGUAAAAGCUUGAGUAGUCUAAAUGUGUUUGAAGAUGGUGUUUUAUUAUUUUUAAACAAAUUGUUUAAUGUGGCUGCAAAAAUGCUGUCAUUAUGGUUACAUAAAUUUCUAAAUGGCUUGCCUAAGAGUCAGCUAGCCUUUUCUGCUACUGUGCAGACCAACAAUUCAGACCCUGCAGAUGUUGCCAGGAACAAAAUCUAUGAAAUCCUGGGAAGAACAAAACAAGAAAAUUAUCUAAAGGAGCAAAACAUACAAGUAAAUACUGUAUAUAUUACCAGUAAAAAUCCAUAACCACCUUAUGAAUGUCUGCAAUUAUUCUUAAGCCCUUUUUUCAUCCAAAGUGAAGAACCAUAUCAGAAUCUGGGUAAAUAUUUUACCUGGGAAAUUUGGCUGGAUGUGACUGGAGAAGACAUUUACAUUCUACAUUCUGGUGCUUUUGGAAGAUUACUAAUUAGACACACUGAUGUGCAGACUUAAUCAGGAUGAAAAGGCCCUACUGGUGUCACUCUCUAGAACCUGCACUUCCUGUUUCGACUUUGAAAAGAAAAAGAUUGAGCUCAAUUUGGUUGGGCUGAGGAGAUGGGGCAGUUGAAUCCCAGGCUGGUACCUGUCUUUAGUUUCCUGCCACAGUAAUUCAUAUUUAAAUAUACUUUGAGAUUAGCGUAGAUGCUGUUGCUGCUCUCUUGCUGGUUGGCCUGUUUUCGUCCGUCAAAGAUUAUUAUUUAGGACAGCAAGAAGCCUCUUCAUCCACCAGAGGCAGCAUCAACAGGGAAGAAGCAGGAUCUGGACUUAGCAAGAUAUAUUGCUCUAGGUUUCCUUUUAUGUAAAAGAGGAUGAUUAGGCUGGAGGAGGUAAGCUCAGAAUCUGCCAUUCUGGGGGUCUGAUACACCGGAGAAGCAAAAUUAACCCUUCGUCACAUCUGCACAGCUGCCAGAGAGAGAUGUAUCAUGUUUCUAUGACUUUCCCCUGCAAGGUUGUCCCUCAGACCUUGGCACUGUUGAAUGGCAGAACAAGGAUUGCCACCCUCUGAUUUUUUUCCUGUCAUCCAGGCUGAGAGUGGUGUCAGUAAAGGUGGCAAUGCCUCUGUGACCUCAGCCUGGGAAACCAAACCCAUCAGAUGCCAGGCUGAGCCCACCAUCUUAAGAGCUCAUGCACUGUUUGGAGCAACCAAAGGAUUGUGUUAAGCCAUGUUGUUUUGAAAAGUAUCUUAUUUGAUCAGCAAUAUUUUUCUCUGUAAAUUUGGAAUGUUUUUCAUUCUGAGCUGUUCUGUCGGUGACUACUGAAAAACAAUAUAAAAACAAGCUAUGCAACACUA